AUGGAGUUCACAACAGCCAAGGCUCUUAUUGAGCUAGCCAUCGUCCUUGCGGUUAUGUGGUUCGCUCUGGUUCACCGGCGUACUCAAUCCACACUGCCACUACCUCCUGGCCCCCCGGCCGAGUUCCUUCUAGGCCAUACUCGUCUGAUACCAAAGGAGAACACUGCGGCAACAUAUGCCAGGUGGGCGAGAGAAUACGACUCGGAUAUCAUCCAUGUCAAGUCUCUCGGCCGUUCCAUCGUUGUCCUCAACAGCGUGGAAGCAGCCAGGGAUGUCCUUGAAAAGAAAGGCGCCAACUUCUGCGACCGACCCAGGUUCACCUUACUUGAGGUCAACACAAACGUUCGUCAAUGGCACAAGCUGCAAAUAACCGAGGCUCGGCGGACGGUUCGCAACAUGAUGGGCAAGCCCAGUUCAUGGGAGACUUCGCUCCGUCGACUCGCUGUGGCUAUUGUGCUCCAGGUAAGCUAUGGUACUGAGGUACCCAAGGAUGAUGACCCGUACAUCCAGAUUGCCAACGACGCAAUGUACGCCACUGGCAACGGCGGAGCUCCGGCCAACAGCAUCGUUGAUUUAGUACCCCUGGGUAAGGCGAGAAAGAACCCACAUGGUCCUCUUUACGUGGUUAGAGUUACUCAUGCGCUAUCCACAGCUCGCCAUUUGCCGGACUGGAUCGUUCGUGACUGGUCACUUCGGUUUGCACGACAGUGGCGUUGGGCUAUCCAGGAACUCCACGACGUCCCAUUCGCGGCAGCGCAGUCUGAGCAUGAUGACCGCGGCGACAACAAAUCUUUGGCACACGAGCUUUUACGCCAGUAUAGACGCAACGAGGAAAACGGUCAAGAACAAGAGUGGUCGCUCGACGAUAUCAAGGGCGCCGCUGGUGCAGUCUUUAUUGCGGGCGCAGACACGACUUGGGCAACAUGUGUAAUUUUUAUCCUCAACAUGGUUCUACAUCCCGAAAUACAAGAGAAAGCCCGAAGCCAACUCGAUUCGGUCAUCGGACCCGAUAGGUUGCCCAACUUUUCAGACCGGGCUUCCUUGCCAUACAUUGAGCACAUUGUGCAGGAGAUCUAUCGAUGGUCACCCUUGGCCCCUCUAGGGAUCCCGCACAAGUCGCUCCAGGAUGACGGUAGGAGUCCCGGCACUGCAUUGUUACGGGGGACGUGGGAGAGUCUGAUAAGCUCCAGGGCCGUGGUCUACGCCAACGCCCAUGCCAUGGCGCACGACGAGCGGAUCUACCGAGCGCCCCACGACUUCAACCCCGAUAGAUACGAGCCUCUGGUCAACGGCGGCGCGGGCGAGCCAUUCCCGGUUGGGAACUUUGGCUUUGGGCGACGAGUUUGCGUCGGCCGAUUCCUGGCCGACAACAGCGUCUGGAUCAUGGUGGCGACCAUGCUAGCAACGCUCGAAUUCCGCAAGAAGAUGGGCCCAGACGGGAGUCCCAUUGAGCCUCGAGUCCAAUUUACCAAUGGCGGAACCUGCCACCCUGAGCACUUUGAGUGUGACAUCAGGCCCAGAAGUCACAAAGCAGAAGUGCUCAUCGGAGCCAACCACGACUAG